CCCAGGUCUGAUGGUCAAGGAGCCAGGAAUCUUCUCCCUGGUUGCCCCAGGGGAGGAUGUGAAAUCCCCCAGGUCUCCGCUGAGAUUGGCAACUAAGGCCAGAUCCCCUGGGACACUUUGGAGGAAACUUGACAGGCCCCACCAUCGGACUGAAGGAGCUGCCUUGGCCUGACGCAACUGAUAUGGAGGGGGUGGCUGGAAAUGCCCCCUGUGAACGCUUUGAAGCUGAUGUGCUGGCCCAGAGCUGCUGCCAGGACUGCUGCCACCCUGAGGAGGCCCACAGAGCAAGGCACCAGGAGCCUGGGAGGCCUGAGAGCGCUGAGGUGCCCUACUGCGACCUGCCCCGCCGCCAGCCUGCCCCUAAGGACCCGCUCGGCACCCCGACCUCCAGCCGCCAGUCUGUGGUGGGUCCAGGCCGUGGGCCAGAGCCUGAGAGGGGCCCGCCAGCAGGGCUCCUGGCAGAGGGCUUCACAGCUGCCUCCAGGAGCCGGGAACCUGAGGCAGCUCCCUACCUGGAGGGCCUGGCCUCCUCCCCAUGUGGCAGCUUCAACGAGAGCCCUGACUCUGGCACCAGUGAAGCCCCUGAUGAUACCAGCGACUCAUCAUUGGUGGACUGGGACACUGUUGAGAGACGGGAGGAGGCCCCCAGUGGGGACAACUUCACCGUGAUGAUCCCACGGAAGUCUCAGGAGGUGCCAAGGGCUGACGGUGCCCGCAAGGCUCCUCCUCUCCUCACCCAGUCCCCAGUGGGAGGAGGAGACACUGCAGGCCAGAAAAAGGAGGGCUCUGGAGGUGGGAACCGAAGCGCUGGACAGCACUGGGCCAAGCUCCGGGGAGAAAGCGGGUACUUCUCCUUGGAGCGGUCCCGGUCGGCGUUUACCCCGGCCUCCCCUGCGACGCCACAGAGCGGUCCUCGAAGUGCCGCCUCCCAGGCUUCCUCUCUCCAUCGCUCUGCCCCAAGGAACGCUGUCCAGGCUGCUUCCCCACAACACGGGGCCUCCCGAGCCUCCUCUCCCCACCGAAUCAUCCAACGGGACAACGCCAGAACCUCACCUACUCAACAGGAUGCCCCCAAGACCUCUUCCAUACAGCGGGACACCCCCAGAGCAACCUCUCCUUCAAGAGUUGCCCCACGAGACAACCCCAGAACCUUGUCUGCCCAACAGGACACCCCCAAGACCUCUUCCACACAGCGGGACACCCCCAGAGCAACCUCUCCUUCACGAGUUGCCCCACGAGACAACCUCAGAACCUUGUCUGCCCAACAGGACACCCCCAAGACCUCUUCCACACAGCGGGACACCCCCAGAGCAACCUCUCCUUCAAGAGUUGCCCCACGAGACAACCUCAGAACCUCAUCCACCCAACAGGACACCCCCAAGACCUCUUCCACACAGCGGGACACCCCCAGAGCAACCUCUCCUUCAAGAGUUGUCCCACGAGACAACCUCAGAACCUUGUCCGCCCAACAGGACACCCCCAAGACCUCUUCCACACAGCAGAACACCCCCAGGGCAACCUCCCCCUCAAGAGCUGCCCCACGAGACAACCUCAGAACCUCAUCCACCCAACAGGACACCCCCAAGACCUCUUCCACACAGCGGAACACCCCCAGAGCAACCUCUCCUUCAAGAGUUGUCCCACGAGACAGCCCCAGAACCUCAUCCACCCAACGAAAUAAUCCUUGGGUUUCCUCUCCCCACAGAGCCACCCAACAAGACACCUCCAGAGCCUCUUACACCCAACAGGACAACCUUCAAGCUCCUGUUCCGACUUGUACUCCCCAGCGGGGCAACCCCAGACCUUCUUGUGUUCCACAGAACACACCUAGAAGCUCUUCUGCCCAAAGGGACAACCCUAAAACCUCUUGUACCCAACAGGACAAUCCCAAAUCCUCUUCCUCACGGUGGGGAAACCCCGGAAGCACCUCCUGUCAGGGCUGCACCCAGCAAGACCAUCCCAGAGCAUCUUCUCCCCAUCGCUCCUCUCAGCGGAACAACCCCCGGAAUGCCUCUCCCCACCGUACUAACAAAGACAUCCCAUGGGCCUUCUUUCCCCUCCGGCCAACGCAGAGCGACGGCCCCCGAACCUCUUCCCCAUCUCGCUCCAAGCAAAGUGAGGUUCCCUGGGCAUCCAUUGCCCUCCGGCCAACCCAGAGUGACCGGCCUCAGACCUCAUCUCCUGCUAGAUCAGCUCAGCGGGACUCACCCCAGUCUUCCUCUGGACCCACCCAGCACAACUCACCAUUCCGGGCCACUGCCACCUCCCAUAACCCAGGCCACCAUGGGGCCUCCAGGACCUCCUCGCCUCUGCACCCCACUCCCCAUAGUGCACCCCAGACCUCUUCCGAGCCCCCCCAGCCUCCGUGUGCUGUGUGCAUUGGGCACCGGGACGCCCCUAGGGCCUCCUCGCCUCCUCGCUAUUUACAGCAUGACCCCUUCCCCUUCUUCCCAGACCCCCACGCAUCUGAGAGUGAAUCACCCCACCAUGAUCCCCCCUAUAUGCCCCCAGCCAUAUGCAUUGGACACCGGGAUGCCCCCCGGGCUUCCUCACCCCCCCGCCACACCCAGUUUGACCCCUUCCCCUUCCUCCCAGACACAUUGGAUGCUGAGAACCAGUCCCCGCAGCACGACCCUCCUCAGUUCCCCCCACCUGUGUGUAUCGGGUACCGUGAUGCACCCCGGGCCUCCUCCCCGCCCCGCCAAGCCCCCGAGCCCUCCCUCUUGUUCCCGGAUCUCCCCAGAGCCAGCACAGAGAGCCUGGUCCCCUCCAUGGACUCUUUGCAUGAGCCUCCUGCCAUCCCUGCACCGGUUUGCAUUGGGCACCGCGACGCACCCUCCUUCUCAUCUCCACCACGCCAGCCCCCCGAGCCCUCCCUCUUCUUCCAGGACCUUCCUGGGACGAGUAUGGAGAGCCUGGCCCCUUCCACCGACUCUCUGCGUGGCUCCCCAAUGCUGCCCCCUCAGGUGUGCAUCGGGCACCGGGAUGCCCCUCGCGCCUCCUCCCCACCCCGCCACCCGCCCAGUGACCUAGCACUCCUGGCACCCUCACCUCCUCCAGGCAGCUCAGGGGGCUCCUGGGGCUCGGCACCCCCAGGGGAGAUCAGGCACAACUUGGAGAGGGAGGAGUACACCGUGCUGGCCGAUCUGCCCCCCCGCAGGAGGCUGGCGCAGAGGGAGCCGGGGCCCCAGGGCAGCAACGGGGGCCGCACCCGCAGCCCUGGCCGCGCAGAGGUGGAGCGCCUCUUCGGGCAAGAGCGCAGGAAGUCCGAGGCACCGGGGACCUUCCAGGCCCGGGACGAGGGGCGGUCGCAGUGGCCCAGCCAAGGUCAGAGCCAACUUCUCCGAAGACAGUCCAGCCCUGCCCUCAGCAGGGAGGUAACCAAGUCCCCUGUGAAGCAGGCAGAACCAGCCCGACGUAGCCGCACAGAAGCCCCUCAUCCCAGGAGCCCCGAGAGGCGGUCUGAGGGGGACCGGUGGCUUCAGGGGUCCUCACCGCCCCCGAGGACAUCAGCCAGAACUCCUGAGAGGGAACAGCGGACACAGAGACCCCUGGAACGUGGCCUGGCAGGCCCAAGACAGCCCCUGGGAGGGUGGCGGAGUCAGGAGGAGCCACCAGGAUCCCGGGGCCCGCACAGAUGCCUGGAGAGAGGCUGGCGCAGCCAGGAGGAGGGCCCAGGCCUGGGAGGCUGGCAAGGACUUGGGGAGUCCAGCCGGGGGGCUGCCAGAGCCCCAGAGGGAAUGUGGAGGGGCCUUCCCAGGGAGUCUGAGAGCUGGAGCCUGCUAGAUGGCCUCUCUGGCCACAGGUGGCAGUCAGAGACCUGGGAGGAGCCCCUGGACAGGUCAGCUCAGCGGGGCUGGGGUAGCCUACAGGAGCUGUCCAGUCCUCGCCAGCCUGUGACCCCCCCGGAGAACUCCAGGGCAGGCCCAGGGGAGUUCUCGAAAUCCCAGAGGCCUGAGACAUUACCAGCCAUUGGCAGGGGCACCGAGGGAGCCUGCCCACACUUGCACGGCUCCGAGAGGCGACCUGAGUUUGACUGGAGGGACCUGGUGAGCCUUCUUGGGGUACCCAGGGAGGGGACAUGGAGCCGCUCAGAGGAGCCGACACUCACCUCCCGUCUUCCAAGGCUGGACUGGGAGGGCCUCCUGGAGCUCCUGCAGGCCCAGUUGCUCCACAAGGACCCAGCGGGACACUGGGUUGGCCCUGGCCAGGCUUCCCCAGGCACUAAGGGUACCCUGGAGCUGGAGCAAGACCGACACAGCCAGCCUGAAGGAAGAGCAGGGGCUGCCCUAGUCAAUGGAUACGACCCCGGGCAGUGGCCCCAGAGCUCCGCUCAGCUGUCCAGCCCCACAAGCAUCUCCAUCCAGUGGCCAAAGACCAAAGUGACAAGCGGACCAGCGUCCUCAGCUAUGACUGAUCUGGAGGAGACGAGCCAGUUGGGGAGCAGGAGCCCUCCAGAUCUCCAGUUCCAAUCAAAGGAGCCUGAGGAACCCGAACAAAGCAGAGGCCAAGACUCACUGACUGAUCAGAAGGAGGCCGAUUCGGCAGACAAGAGGCCAGCGGAGGGCAAGGCUGGGAGCCCACUCAAGGGCCGACUGGUGACCUCAUGGCGGAUGCCCGGGGACCGUCCCACGCUGUUCAAUCCGUUCCUGCUGUCUCUGGGGGUCCUCAGGUGGCAAAGGCCCGAUCUGCUAAACUUCAAGAAGGGAUGGAUGUCUAUCUUGGAUGAGCCUGGAGAGUGGAAGAAGCACUGGUUUGUGUUGACCGACUCAAGCCUCAAGUACUACCGGGAUUCCACCGCUGAGGAGGCAGAUGAACUGGACGGCGAGAUCGACCUGCGCUCCUGCACGGACGUCACCGAGUACGCGGUGCAGCGCAACUAUGGCUUCCAGAUCCACACCAAAGACGCUGUCUAUACCUUGUCGGCCAUGACCUCGGGCAUCCGGAGGAACUGGAUUGAGGCUCUGAGGAAGACUGUGCGUCCCACCUCAGCCCCAGAUGUCACCAAGCUCUCGGACUGCAACAAGGAGAACACGCUGCACAGCUACGGCACCCCAAAGGGCUCCCUGAAGGCAGGGGAGCAGCGGGUGGGCUCUGAGGUCACCAGCCGGGGCGGCCCCCGGAAGGCAGACGGGCAGCGGCAGUCGCUGGACUACGUGGAGCUCUCCCCGCUGACUCAGGGCUCCCCGCAGCGGGCCCGCACCCCAGCCCGCACCCUCGACCGCCCGGCCAAGCAGGAGGAGCUGGAGCGGGACCUGGCCCAACGCUCCGAGGAGCGACGCAAGUGGUUCGAGGCCACGGACAGCCGGGCCGCGGAGACACCAGCAGGCGAGGGUCCGCGCCGGGUCCUGGGCGCCCCCCUGACCGAGGACCAGCAAAGCCGGCUCAGCGAGGAGAUUGAGAAGAAGUGGCAGGAGCUGGAGAAGCUGCCCCUUCGGGAGAACAAGCGGGUGCCUCUUACUGCCCUGCUCAACCAAGGCCGCGGGGAGCGCCGGGGGGCCCCGAGCGACAGCCACGAGGCACUGGAGAAGGAGGUCCAGUCCCUUCGUGCCCAACUGGAGGCAUGGCGUCUCCAAGGGGAGGCUCCUCAGGGUGCACCCAAGUCCCAGGAGGACGGCCACAUACCCCCCGGCUACAUCUCACAGGAGGCAUGCGAGCGCAGCCUGGCAGAGAUGGAGUCUUCGCACCAGCAGGUGAUGCAGGAGCUACAGCGGCACCACGAGCGGGAGCUGCAGCGGCUGCAGCAGGAGAAGGAAUGGCUCCUGGCUGAGGAGACAGCGGCCACGGCCUCGGCCAUUGAAGCCAUGAAGAAAGCCUACCAGGAGGAGCUGAGCCGGGAGCUGAAUAAGACACGGACUCUCCAGCAGGGUCCAGAUGGCCUCCGGAAGCAGCACCAGUCAGACCUGGAGGCGCUGAAGCGGGAGCUGCAGGUGCUAUCAGAGCAGUACUCGCAGAAGUGCCUGGAGAUCGGGGCCCUGACGCGGCAGGCCGAGGAGCGUGAGCACACGCUGCGGCGCUGCCAGCAGGAGGGCCAGGAGCUGCUGCGCCACAACCAGGAGCUGCACACCCGCCUGUCUGAGGAGAUUGACCGGCUGCGCAGUUUCAUCGCCUCUCAGGGGACGGGCAACGGCUGUGGUCGCAGCAGCGAGCGGAGCUCCUGUGAGCUGGAGGUGCUGCUGCGAGUGAAGGAGAACGAGCUGCAGUAUCUGAAGAAGGAGGUGCAGUGCCUCCGAGAUGAGCUCCAGAUGAUGCAGAAGGACAAGCGCUUCACCUCGGGAAAGUACCAGGACGUGUACGUGGAACUGAACCAUAUCAAGACACGGUCGGAACGGGAGAUUGAGCAGCUGAAAGAGCACCUGCGCCUCGCCAUGGCUGCCCUGCAGGAGAAGGAGGCUGUGCGCAACAGCCUGGCCGAGUAGAGGUCCUCAUGGUCCAGCCCACUGCAGACCCCCUAGUCCAAGGGGACCAAUCACCUUCCUUCCCUGCUGGACGGACGUCAGAAGCCAAGCUUUCUUCCCACCCUCUGUGGGCUCACACCCACGUGCACUCACACCCACCACACACAUGCACACACACACAUACACACACACAGCAACACACACACAUACACAUGUACACUUUCUGCGUAUCUGAGCGCGCCCCUAGCACUGGGUCUUACCUUGCACCUUCUUCAGGAUUUUAUAUGUGAAGAGAUUUUUAUAUAGAUUUUUUUUUCCUUUUUUUCCCCCCAAAACACUUUAUACGUUUUAAAAAGCAAUUCCUGGUGGCACAUGCCUCCAGCACCAGCCCCCACUCUGUCCCCAGCCACCUGCUUGGGUUUCUGGGCCUGUCUCCCCAUCUGGGGUCUAGCGGAGGCCUGGCAGUAGCUGUGGCAGGGUGGACUCGGUGGGAGAGGCAGGGAGCCGGCCACCCUCUUCCUACCCUACCUCCCACUAACUACUUCCUGCCCUGGGGGGGACCCACUCCCUGGGACUCUGGACAGAGGGACAGAUGGACAGAGGGAGCCGGCAGCUGUCCCCACAGCCCUGCCCCCUCCUCUGAGGGCUGCUGGGCAUGGAUCUGUGGGAGCCGCCCCGUGCAGGCAUUUCUCUCCUGCUCCGUGAGCCUUCUUAACUUAAUAAAAUGUUCUGGCA